AUGGAAACUAUUAAGGGAAAGUGUGGAAGACCAAAUAAAAAGAAUUCAGAAGAUAUAGAGUAUGAGGAUGAAGGACAUAUUGCUACAAAUUAAUUUGCACUAUAAUUAUUCUUGUUAAUUUCAGAAAUGGCCAUUUAUAAAAUACUUACCAUUACAGGUUUAUCAAAAUCGAAAAAUAUAAAGAAUAGAAAGGAAAUUGAGAAAGAAUAGAGACGUAUAAGGUAGAAUAAAGGUAUAAACGAAGAAAAAGUAUUUUUUUUAAGGAAUUUUGAUGUUUGGCCAAGAGAAUACAGUCUUAAGGAAAAUAAAAUAGAAUACUCUGAAGAAAAUACAAUUUUUUUAGAAGAUUUUAAAGAUGAUAAAAAGAGAGAUUUUAUAAAAGAUAUUUAAUGUGUUUUUGAAGUAUUAAAUAAAGAAACCUAAUAUUUUUUAAAAGGUUUAAUAACAAUAUACUUUUAAAAUAAUUCAUUAGAAGCCUUUGAAGAUUAAUUUUUUAAUUCUUUUAGAGAUUAUAAUGAUGAGUAUUAAGAAAUUAAAUAGUGGGAUGAAUUAUAUGAGGUUUCUUUUGAUUAAAAGUUAGAAUAGAUGAAAAAGCAAUUAAAGGAGUAUGAGGAAAAAUUUGAAUUAGACGCAAAUAUUUAAGAAAGUAAAAGAAAAGUAGUAUAAAAAAGAAUUAAAGUUCUAUAAAAACAAAAAUAAAACAUAGAAUAAUUCUAAUCUAUAAAAAAACCAAAUAGACCUUUAAAGCUUUUUAUCGAAAAAAUUUAUUAGUUAUUUAAAACAUUUUCUGAAUAAUAUAAUAAAUGA